CUGAUACCCAAGCCAUUUUUAAUAGGAGGUCAAUUACUGCCAUUUAAUCCACUGUCUUUUCACCUUUUUUUUUGUUUUGUUUUUCCCAUAUCUUCCAAGUGUCCUUCUACUUAUCAUUCUACGCUACACUGAAUCAAAAAAUGAGUUUUAAAGGUUUUUCAAAGAGCAUCAAAAGAGCCCCAACGACCAUUCGUUAUAAAUUCAAAAUGGGGACUCAAACAGUCGAUCCUGUUUACCUUGACGCAGAACGAAGAUUCAAAGAGCUAGAAACUGAAACAAAAAAACUCAGUGAAGAAAGCAAUCGAUAUUUCACUGCUGUUAAUGGCAUGCUAGAUCACCAAAUUGAAUUUUCAAAGGGUAUUGAAGAAAUCUACAAACCCAUCAGUGGAAAGGUUAGUGAUCCAAACUCCCUAAUUCCCGAGGGAAACCCCCAGGGAAUUGAAGCAAGCGAAGCCUAUCGAGCUGUCGUAGCAGAACUAAAGGCAACGCUAGCGCCAGACUUGGAACUAAUUGAAACAAGAAUCAUCGAGCCUGCUCAAGACCUAUUGAAAAUCAUUGAAAGCGUCAAGAAAAUGGCCCUAAAGAGAAACCACAAACAGCUAGAUUUAGAUCGCCAUAAUAACACAUUGAAGAAGUAUGAAAGCAAAAAAGAAGAAACUGCAAAGGAUAUUGAAAGAUUGAGUAAAGCCCAAACAAACGUUACUAUCGCACAAGAAGAAUACGAUUAUUAUAACAAUUUGCUAAAGUCAGAACUCCCAUUUUUAUUCCAAUACCAAGCUGAGUUUAUCCAACCUUUAUUUGUUUCGUUUUACUACAUGCAAUUGUCCAUUUUCUACACUUUGUAUAAUAGAAUGGAGGAAUUGAAGAUUCCCUAUUUCGAUUUGAGUGGGGACAUUCUCGAAUCAUUUAAUGCUAAAAGAGGAAAUAUUCAUGAACAAGCUGAAGCACUAGGCAUCACCCAUUUCAAGAUUGGACAUGCAAAGGCUAAAUUGGAAGCUACAAAAAGAAGAUAUGCUAAAAAAGAAGAAGAAGCUGCUAGUGAAACUGCUGCUAAUAGCAAUGUUAACAAUCAAGCAUUACCUCCAUACACUCCACCAGGAACCACACCAAUUGGAUCCUCGUACGCCAACACCACAAACAGUGUGUACAGCAACCCAGCUGUUUCCACCUAUAGCCCAGUGUCUUCAGCUGGAAAUAGUAAUCUUGGAGGAUACACAGGCUACGUUGCACCAGGAGCAGCUCCAGUAAUGCCCACAGGCAACCCAGCAGCUCCACCAGUUGCCCCAGUGGAAACUUGCACAGCACUCUACGAUUUUGUUCCUCAGGCCCAGGGCGAUUUGGCCUUUUCGGCAGGACAAGUGAUUGAGGUUGUGCAACGAACCCCAGACUCGAAUGGGUGGUGGACUGGACGAUUGAAUGGGGCCACUGGCGUGUUCCCAGGCAACUACGUCCAGUUGAACAAAAACUAG